AUGACUGAAGCCGAGCAGCCAAUAACAACAAAAGAAGUCGAAAACCAUCAGAACGACGCUCAGCCUUCUGAAGUCAACAACAACACUACUCCCAACAACGACGUGGAUGCUCCAGAAUCCAUGGAGACAUCGUGCAAUCUACGAAAGCGACGUCAAAGCGACGCUGUUCAUGAAUCCAUGGACUCAUCUGAUGCCAAACGACGUCGGCAAAGCGACGCUGGAGUCUACAAUCAGAAGCGACAUCGUCUAGAAGAAGUCGAACAUGUUGAUGAAGAAGCGCUUCAGAAUUCCACAAAAGUUCAGAAUGGGCACGGUGCGGAUUUUUCUGACCAUCACAAUGCUAAUGAUCUUCACCAUGAUGCUACAGACUUCAGUGGGGUUAAUCAAAAUUCUACUCAAGUUAAAAUGGGAGAUUCUGCGAAUUCUCACGAUAAAAUAGAGGAUUCUACCAAAGUUCACGAUGAAGUUCAUGACUCCAGUGAAGUCAAAGAAGGUCUGAAUUCUACAGAAGUCAAAACUUCACUUGAAUCUUCAAAUACUCACGAUGAAGUUCAUAACGUGAAUCAUGUAGCUUCUCAUGGCAUUCACACUUCUGAUGACGUUGAAGCCAUCAGAAGCAUCGGCCAGGAAACAGCCGAAAUUUUGAACAAGAAUGACGAAGACGAUGAUGAAGAAGAAGAUGCGGAUUCUAAGAAGGCUGAGGUCUCCACGAUCGGAAGUGCUCAAUCAUUGGAAGAGUUGGAAGCCCAAAAAGAAGCCGACGCUGAAGCCGCGGCUGACAUUCCAGAAGUCCAGAUCGUGAUUGAAUCCGUCGAAGAAACAGAAAUCAAACCUCCGACUUUAGAAGGCGAACCACCUCAGGUGGAGACUCACGAAGAAGUCGUCGUCACUUCACAGCCAGUAGCCAGCAAAGAAGAGAACAGCCAAGUCAGUGUGAUAUCCAUCGAGGAGGUUACCGUAGCUGUGAGUGGAGCGUACUGUAAUUGUUACUGUUUAGGUCCAACCACCAGCUGUCCUUAAUGCCGGACCACUUGACUCGCUAGCCGCGCCUCCAAUAUUGCCGAUCCAAACCGACGGAAUGGAGCCAGAAUUGCCAGAAGAUAUUGUAGAUGCUCCGAACGGUCAGUUCAAUGUGAAUGGGGAAGACCCACCAACAGAUGUUGUUCCUGGUGAAGCGAGUGAUAAGGAACCGUGAGUUGAUUUAGAUUUUAUUAUUGGGGCAGAAAUAUUUUUGUUUAUAUUUAUAAAUAAUAAAAUAAUAGAAAAUAUAUUAUUAGUAGCAAAUUGUUUUCUCAAAACGAAAUGUCAAAAAAUUGUGAGCGAAGUGUCAAAAUUAAAAAAAGUGAAAAACAUUUUUUUGGUCGUUUUUUUGUCUUUUUGUCCACAACUUGAUGUAUAAACCUUUUAUAUUGGUAUAAAAAGUAUUAGUGAGGUUUGUUGUUACCUAUUCUUUUACUUUUUAUUUGUUACUUAUCUUUAAAAAUCUUUUGCAACGAGCUAAACAACGUUUUAAUCCUCUGCUACUAUAAUAUAGGAGUAAUGCUUGAAAGUUUCAUUGCAGAAGUCUUUUAGAAGUUGAAAACUGGUAAAUUAUGGAAGAGUAGGAUAAAGUGAAUUCUAAAUUACUUUAAAUAUCACUUCUGAAGUCAAUUGAGGUGAUAUACAACAACGGGAGAAGAAAAAAACGACCGAAAAACUUUUUUUUAGUUUCAAAAUUUGGCUUUUUACUACAAGCUUUGUUGAAAACGUAUAAAUUAGAAGAUAGUAUAGUCACAUUUCAGGGUAGCUUUGCAAACAGACAACGCCACCAAGCCAUGUGGUGCUCAAGAUGAAGAUGUUCAAGCUCAAGCUGUCGCAGCUACAGAGAAUGCGAGUGAACCGUCUGGAGAGGCUUGUCAGCCGGCUGCUGAUAACGCCUAG